UGUGCAUAGCAAGGCGGGCAAUUCAGUUGACCGAAUGUCAUCACAUAGCGAUAGUUAGAGACACAUGUCCACUGCACCAUUCAGAGACCGGGAAAAAUGGCGAGCAGCCAUAGGAGGGGGGCUGGGAGGGAGGGAGGGAGGGAGAGAGGGAGGCAGGGAGGGUGGUGUGGCUGACCAUUCACUCAUUCGCACAUCCGUCACCUCCCAUGGAUGGAUGGAUGUACGUGUAGAUCAGAUAAGAUAGGUAGAUAGUACUACAAUACAGCAGACCACCUCCCCGCUCACACUACCAACCAACCAACCAAACCAAACCAAAGCAACUGCGCCCUCACUCCGCCAACACACGCACCCGGCGAGCACUAAGACAGCAGACAUUCUCAUGUCACCUCCUAUCCCCUCGCCAGUGAUCAAAAUGGGCACGCACAGCCCUGUGGCUGGACGCCGCAUGCGCUUUAUUCACCAGAGAGAAGGAGCGACACGCUCACCCGUCACCCAUCUGGCACACGCACAUGCACACUCAUCGGCCAAAAGUAGGAGAUCAAGGACGCAUCAUGAUGCUCCUUUCACGUACACACGGGAUAUGCACUCUGAUGCAUGGACAAUCAGAAUCUGCGCCCGCCCCUCGCCGCAAAAAUGCGAGCCGCUUACACAGACAUAGACAGAGUAGUCGACGAAGAGGCUCACGCACACACACACACACGCACACGCACACAAGCAAACGGGCACAUCAGCAUAUACACGCCGGCCGUGACACCCACUACUCUCCUCUCCUGGCUGUUAAACACCACCAGCAGCAGGGGGCGGCCUCGCGCCAGUCCACCCAUGGCCCAUCGAUGCGGGAGGGUACGAUGGCACACCCAAAGACAACAUAGGCACGUGACCAUCGGGCCUCCGCCUGGGCAGCAGGGUGCUGGUCGGCGACCGAAUCGGCGCCGCCUCGUGUGCUGAAUGGGGCGGGGGGCCGUAGAAAGGUAUAUGAUUGGGGUAGCCGAAAGCCGGCGUGUGUGGCGGGAGGGUGCUGAUGGCCGGGCGGGGCCCCUCUAGGUCUCUCUCCGUCUUGAUUCGGGCAAAUGGCGAGUCGCUCUGCGGGGGGGCGGCUUGGCUCUCUCUGUCCUUGCCGUCAGUCGGCUUGCUCGGCUCCUCCCUCUUGGCUGUGUCGUGAUCUUCUGCAGCGGGCGUGGCAUUCCUCUGUCGGUCGUCACUCUUGCUGCUGGCGUCGCUUUUGCUGACUCUGCUGGCCUUCUUGCCACCGCCGUGCUGCCCACUCAUGUCGAUGUUGAGGCUAGGCGUGAUGGGUUUGUUGCGCAUGACGUUGGGGAAGAGCUUGUAAAAGGUGAAGUGAGCGUCGUCCCACUGGUCGUUGAGAGGCACGAGCCAGCCCUUCUCGGCCAGCUCCUUGUAAUAGACCCGCGCCAUCCGCUCCUUGUCAUGCAAAUCGUGCUGCACCUGCUGAACAGGAAACAACUUACGCCUACGGAAGAUAGCCAAUGGAGAAAGGCAAGGAUGAGUAGACAGACAGAUUGUGCAUAGUCGUGGGUGGCGUGAUGCUUCCAUCCUUCGUUGCUGACCUGAUGUGUCCCUGACAGGGCCACUCGACGCACCACGCCCCGGUGAAUGGGUCCCAGAACACACCUCGUGGCGACCCCGCCUGCCGCUUGCCGACCGGCCCACGAUGCAGCAGAGCACUCGACGUCGGCUCACGAGCAUUGGGCAUGCGGAACAGCGGGGCGGGGGGCGAGGGAGCCAUGAACGCAGGCCGGUGAGGGUGGGGGCUGAGUGCGGCGGCCGGCGGGAUCAUCUUGGAUGGAAAGACUAGUGGGUAGGGGGGCGGGGGAGGGAAGGGCCGAUGGGGGCUGCGCUGGGCGCUCAGAGGGGAGGGCAUGUGAAGCGGGGGGCCUGGCGACGAAAACGAUGGCGGCUGUAUGGGCUUCUUGGCGGCGUCGCUUGUGGGAGCGGCAGACAGCUCUCGCGGGUCUCCAUCGACGCGCCUCUCCUUGCUCGAUGGCGGCCUCGAUCCCCCCUCCUCUUGCCCGCCCUCGGCAUCGGGCUCUGACUUGAGACAAGCGGCCUUCCUCUUGUCGCCACUGACAGCCUCUUUCUCUUGCCGCUCCUUGGCCAUGCUCAUGGCCGUCACAGCCGCUACCAAACUGCUGAGGCCAUCAGACGGCCCAUCCUCCUGUUGCUUGACACCCACUUGUGGCUGCUGGCUCUCAGCACCGACCUCCUCUGGCGGAUCUUGUGCUGCGUCGGGUGGUGCUGACUCGGCGCGGCUGUUGUUGCUGUCAGCUGGUGUGGCGGCCGAUGGUUUGCCCAGGAGGGCAGAGUAGGCUUUGGAAGGGUCGAAGCCGGUGGAUCGAGCGUGAAGGCGGUUGUUGACGUCCAUGAGCCCCCACCUCUUAGCGACGCAGUAGAAGUCCUUGGCCACAGUGAAGGCGUGCUCCCCGUACCUGCCUUUGUUGAAGGUCCGUGUCUUGCGCUUGCCGUCGAGCCACCAGGGGACGAACCAGUUGUUGGUGUGGCUGUCGAAGUAUAUGCCCUGCCCGCUUGAGAUGGCCUCCUCGGUCUCGCCCUCCAUCGGGAAAAAGUCAUACUCACCAUCGGGCAUCGACACCUCAGACCCAGUGCCGUCACCCACCCCACCGUCCUCGCCCUUCAGGGCAGGGCUGCCCCUGUCGACCGCCGCAUGCUGCUGGUGCCACAUGGGCGGCCUGGCGGGCAAUGGCGGCCCUCCCCUUCUCGCGUUGACGCACUCGGGGCAGUUGCACGGCGCGAACCCUCCCUCGUGCAUCGGGUGAUGCAUGAGUGGGAAGUGCGGGUGCCGGAUGGCGGCGUAGGGGGGGUGGGGGGGCACAUAGGGGGCCGGAUGAUACGGACCGUCUGGCCGAUAUCCAUGGAGAGGUGGUGGAGGGUACGGCGGAGCGCCCCAGCCAGUGUCUGGGGGUGGAGCUGGGGGCGGGGGAUAGGGAUACGGGGGAGGGGGGCGCCCGAAAGUGAAAGGGCAUCUCGCCGCGGGGCUCGCGCCAUCCUUCGGCUUGUCCUCGUCGCCGGCGGACUCUGCGUCGUCGGCGGCCUCGGCAUCAUCCCCACCCUGCUGCAGCCUCUUGCGACGAUUCAAUAUCGACAAGAGAGACGCAGAGGGGCCGCCGAGGGAAUCCGCCGGUGCGGCACUUGUUCCACCGCCGCCAGCAUCGUCGUCGGCCUUCUUUCUGCGCCGCGACAUGAAGGUGAGUUCCUGCGCCUUUUGCCGCAGCAGUCGCUGCCACUCCAUCUGGUCCUCGUCGGACAGAGCGAAGAAGGGGCUGGGGAACGGGGAGCUGGACGCGAGAACCGACUUGGACUCCUGAUUGGGGUGUGCAGAGGAGGGGGCGGGUGGUUGUGAUGGCGACGUGCUGGGGUCGGCAGCAUCGGUGAGAGGUGGGGGAGGAACCAAGAGCGAUGGGGGAGUGGAUUCGCCGUUCUUGCCUGCCGCCUUCUUCCGUCGGCCGCCGUCGUUGGCCUUCCCGCGACCUCUCUUGCCCUGCAGCAAUGGAACGCACAUCGCCAACAUGAUCGUGAUUCUGUGAACACCCCUGCAGGCCGUGAACUCACUCACCUUGCUGGUGCCGUGAGCAGCCCCCGUCUUGCGUCUAGCAGCGCCCUGCCCUCUUCCCUUCCUGCCUCCCCUGACCUGCCGCCUUUUCCUCGGCCGGCUGUCCAUGUCGUCAUCCAGGUCGUCCAGGAAGGCCAGCGCCAGCUCAUCAUCGAUGCCGUCAUCCGCCAAGGCCGCAGCCAGCGACGCAUCAUUGCCACUGCUCUUGGAUCUGCCCCUCUUCUGGCUGCUCCCGCCGCCGUUGUUACCGACGUCGCCCUCAGACAGGGGCGGGUGAUGCUGCUGGUGAUGGUUCUUGUUGGUGGCGCCGGGGUCCACUGUCCGUUCUGGUGUGGUCAUGGGGCUGUGGUCCUCGUCAGCUGCCUUGAUGCUGGCCCGGACGUUGCUGGGGCGGAAGGUGGCCUUGCCGUCGGCCCGCAGCAGCUCGGCUAGCUGCUGCUGUAACGCCUCACCCUGACACACAUCACAUCAACCAACACAGAACACAUAGACGAGUCCAUGAGUCCAUGACGGACGGUAGCUACCUGCUGUCCGCUGAGCGGGAUGGGCAGCUGUCCCUCACUCUGCAGCUCGGCCAGCAACUCUGACGCCUUCGGAUGAGACAACGCUGCCACGGCAAGCGAGUACAGCGGGGGCAGAGCGGACUCGUGGCUCCUGUUCUGCUGCUGCUGGCCUGGCUCCUUCAGGGGCAGCCGCAAGGCCGCAUCAUCGGGAUCCCGAUUGUCUUGGGUGGUGCCCUCUGCCGUCUGGUCAACCGGUGGCUCCUCUCCUCUGUCGUUGCCCUUGCCCUUGCUCUCGGGCUCUUGUGAGAAGUCGGCAGGGGAGGUGCCAUUGGUCUGUGCACGAGCAACGAUCUUGGCGAAGAGCUGGAGGCCGGCGUCAUCCAUGCCGCCGUCCAUCGACACACCUGAGGGGCGGGGCUGGCCCACGUCGUCACCCUCCUCCUGCGGCUGCGCGGCGAUGCGCCUUCUCUUGGCGCGCUUGUGCUUAUUGUCGCCCUUGCGCUGUCUCGAGUCCUUGGCGUACUCCCACUCGCUGUCGACCUCCUCAUCAGCAGCAGGGUCCUCGUCCAUCUCACCCUCGUCUUGCCCCUCAUCGUCUGUUGUCUCAUGCCGCCCUCUGUGCCACUCCUCCUGAUCGAAGCUGAGUGCGGCAUCGGCCAGUGCCCGCAUAGCCUCCUCGCAGUCCCGCAGGAUGGCCCUGGAGUCGCGAUACGCCUCCCCCACCUCAAUGCUGGGCUCAUCAUCAGCCACACCGCCCUUGGCCGCCCUUGUCCGCAUCAGCGGCUUUGUUGCCGGUGUGGCUGGCGCCGACUUGCCCUUGCUCUUGGCCCUUCCGUUGCCCUUGUUGUUACGCGAGGAAUCGUCGUUUGCCUCGUCGUUUUCAUCCUCGGCGUGUGGCCGCUUGUCGCCGUCUCGUUUGAAGGGGUAUUUGAGGUUGAGGGCCGCCUGCCGGCGGGGGCGACUCUUGGCAAUGCAGUGGUCCGGCACAGGGGGCGGCUGGCGGUUGGAGUGGCGGUUGGUGGGGGUGAUGAUGGGCCGCUCCUCUGGAGGCAGGUCCUUGACCAUGAGCUCAAUGUCGUGCAGAAUGUCAUCAGCACGCGCACACGAACCUGACGACACAGACAGGCACAGAAGGGGUAAGUUAUCGUGAGUGAGAGUGUCGGUCAUUCAUUCAGACCCUGGCACAUGGCGAUGUGUCGCGAGAGGGACUCGAUCUGGCUGUUGAGACGAAUCUUGCAGAAGGGACACACGGACGGCUUGGCGCGGCCAUUCCCAUUCCUCCCACUACCAUCGCCAGACCUGCACACACACACACACACGCAUCCGUCCAUCCAUCCAGAGUGGACAACGGGUCUGUCUAUGCAUAGCUAUGUGACACCAUGCAGUGGGUGUAUCGGCUCUCCUUACUUCUUGGGAGGUGCCUUCUUGGGUCUCGCCUUCUUCUUCGCCGCAGCGCCCCCCUCCCCACCCGCCAUCUCGGAGGCGUCGCUCUCCUCCCCAUCAGCGCACCAGUCGUCGCUCGGGCCUCCAUUGUUGGUCAUCUGGCGGCUGUCUUUGCCGCCCUCGGUCUCCUGAGGGGGAGAAACAUCCAGCUGCUGACUUGGCAGCUGAGGCCGGCUGCAGUCCUCGGCUUCACCCUCCAUCGCUGCUGCACUCUCGCCUUCUCUCAUCUCAGUGGUACAUGACCUCCCAGGCUUUCACACCUCUGGCCUCUCGUCACGCGGAUGCUCG